AUGCAAGAUUACGCGUCCUUGACAUUAUCUUGUACAUGUAAGAUUCCUCUAGGUUCCCUGCCACACCAGAGAGCUAAUCUGACCACGCCACCAGGAUUUGCCAUUAAAUCUUCGUCACUUCCGGGAGCGGGGAUGGGCGCAUGGGCAGAGACCUUUGUUCCGAAGUUCACGAUCCUCGGUGUUUAUGAAGGACUUAUUCACACGGUAGAUAAGCAGGGUACCGAUGGUAGCUACAACAUAGAUGCAGAAGAUCCAGCCUGCAGUAACUGGUUACGAUUCGUAAAUUCUCCCGCCAAAUAUACACAGGAAAAUGUCAUUCCUAUCAAGUGCAAGGGCAUCAUCUUUUAUAUGACGUCACGAGACGUAGAGCCGGGUGAAGAGCUUCUGGUCUGGUAUGGGGAUAGAUAUGGGAGGUUUUAA